AUGGAUAAAAGAUUCAAACAUACUUUAGUUGCCCAUAAAAUAUGUCCAUUCAGUAUGAAAGUCCUCACAGUCAUGCGUCAUAAAAAUGUGAAAUUUGAAAUUAAAUUCAUUGAAACACAUAAUAAACCAGAAUGGUUUAUUAGAAUCAGUCCUUUAGGGAAUGUACCUGUUUUAAUUAUAGGAGAAGAAGGUAUUUCUUAUUAAUUAAUUUUAAGUUGUUUUAUCAGAAUCAGCUAUAAUUAUGGAAUAUAUUGAUGAAAUAACACCUCCUAAAUUGAUGCCAGAUGAUCCUCUAUAAAAAGCAUUAGAUAGAGCUAAAUUUGAAUAUUCAAAUGAGAUUAUUAGAAAUCUAUAUUCUUUCAUUUUCUCUACUGAAUAAGAAGUAAUCUCAUUAUUAAAAUAUUGUAGAAAUUUGUAAGAUAAAAAGAAUGUUUAAUCAAACAUUUUAAAUGGAUAGAAGAAUAGUUAAAGGAUAAAAAGUUUAUUAAUGGAAAUGAAUUAUCUCUUGUUGAUUUAAGUUUUGUUCCAUUAUUUGUUGCAUUGAAUAUGCUCAAAUCAACAUUACCAUGUGAUAUGUUGAAAGACUUUAAAAGAGUAAUCCUUAGUCUUUAAUAUAGUUAAAAAUAUAUGGAGAUAUGAUAACAUCUUUACCUUGUUCGAAAACUGGAAGAGUUCCAGAUUAUGAAUUUCUGAUGAUUGAUGGUAUCAAAACUCAGAAUACAGUUCUCUAUAGAUCUAAUCCAUGUUAUUUCAAUAAUGAUUCAAAACCUUAAGGAUGUUGUUUCUUUCGUAAUUGA